ACUUUUUGCUCGGAGAAUAUUCUGAGGAUAUCAUGAGGAUGAUCGGAUAGCAUAUCCCAAAUGAUUUCUUGUGACUUAUUGUUUGGAUGGUCUUUUGUCCCUUACCCUAUCUAAAUAUAGUAGCAUUUGAACAUACAUGCCCCACUUUUACAAAUGGCAGUGUUGUAAGCAGCGUACGAGUCAAGGACCACUUUUGCAGUUAACAGCGACUUGAGGCCUUGUUCAUCGUAUCCUCGGACCACUGGUAGAACAGACGUCAAAGAUGGCCAAAUCGCUCGGGGAACGUCUUACCACUCUGAAAACAAUAUCCGUCAACAAAUUCAACUCCCUUCGCCCUCCUCCAACUGUGGGCUCCUUUGACCGGCACUUUCACAUUGACAAGCAGGCUCGAUUUGCUACGCGGUUCUUUGAAGUCCUCGUUGGGAUUGCUAGCUGGUACUUUAUUGGAAAGUUGAAAGAUCCCCUCAUUGGGGAUCACGAUUUAUGGCCGACGGUCAGAUAUACCUGGUUUUGUGCGGUGUUUAGUCCAAUUGUCAGCGUGGCCUUAGUCGGACAACACUUUAUCUCCUGUCUCUCCAAGGCUUGGUCAAGCAUCAAGGUCCUCAUCCUCGAAAUCAUUGUCGACGUCUUCAUCACCUUUGCGUGGCUCGUCUGCCUUAUUACCCUGGGAAGCAAAAUGUCGGGAGAUUGCCCUCCUAACUCAAGUGACGAGUGCAACAUGUUUAACUGGGUCCUUGCUUGGGGUAGUUUCAGCGUGCUGUUCUGGUUCGCAUCUGUCGUAUGGGACGUGAAGAGCUUGUUGAAGGGAGUAUGGGGAUGGGGUGGCGAACGGUUGAAUGAUACGGAGAUGGAUGCAGAAAUUAGGAGAAUGAGUCGGAAUGCCGGAAGUGGGCGAAGGUGGCGGUAGAAUGGGUAGCUGGGAAACAGUAGCAGGAUCGUGGCAUUCCGGGUUAAGCAGGCAGUAAUAAAGGGAAGAAUGUUUAAAAGUACUUGACAUGUCUUUUUUCUUGUUCUUCUUGUCAUUAUAGAAUGGACGAUCAAAAUGUUUUCAGUUUGGCAGAUCCAGCGUAGUCGUCUGGGCGUGUGCCUCUGUAGCAGAGUGCCUGUGUAUGGUACCAAUGGGUGUAGCAAGUAAUACUGGGGAGAUUGAAAGGAUAGCUGUGAAAAAUAACCAUUCCAACUUG